GGACCAUCUGCACUCCCUUUCAAACUUCGACAUUAUAUGAGUUAUCGAUUCUCUUGUCCAUUUUCAGUGACUAAAGUGUUACCAUGACUCUGGAUUUCUCGAAAUAUGGUGGUCCCUCAGACGAGUGGCUGGCGAUCGAGAAGACGCUACCAGCCCUGUCCUUUGACAUCAGCCGUGACCCUGUCGAACUCAAAAACGCUACUAACAAAGAGAGAGAGGAGAGAACAGCCGCCGGCAUGAAGUUCCUGGCACCACAUGUCUAUACAGCGGAUUACAGCAUCCCCACACGUGACGGUUCAACAAUCGAAGCUCGUACCUACCGCUCAGUCAAGAAAGAAAAGUCCGAAAAGCUUCCUGUUUAUAUCUACUUCCAUGGAGGCGGGUUCAUCUUUGGAAGCAUAGCCAGCGAGGACUUCGUUUGCGCUCAGACUGCUAUCAAUGUUGGGGUACUCGUGAUCAACGUCAACUACCGACACACACCUGAUCACGUAUACCCCACUGCAUGGGAUGAUUCCCAGGACGCAUUUGCUUGGGUGCAUAAGAAUAUCGAGGAGCUCAACGGCGAUCCUUCAAAAGUGCUGGUGGGCGGGGUUUCUGCAGGAGGACAACUGGCAGCGUCUCUGACAUUGGAGAAACAUCUCGGAAAGAGUGAGGUUUUGAGAGGUCUUCCGGAGCUUGCAGGCCAGAUUUUAAUCAUUCCCUGCGUGGCGAGUCCUUAUGACUAUGAAGAGGGACCAGGGAAGAAGAUUACGCCUGGCAAAUCAUCGUACAUCGAGAACGAGAACGCGCCCAUAUUGCCGAAGAGAGUCGUGGAAUUCUUCACGGGCUUACUGGAAACUCCCAAGGCAGACCUGAAAAACACAAAGCUUAACAUUGUGAACGCGACCGAGGAAGAGGUUCGAGGCCUGCCUCCAACGGUCUUUGGCAUUGCUGGGUUGGAUCCUUUACGGGACGAAGCUUUGCUGUACGCAAAGUUACUUUCUGAACAGAAUGUGCCAACAGAGGUCAGACUUUUCAAAGGCGUGCCACACGGACACAGGCGAUUUGGGAAGGCUUUGAAGGCCUCUGAUCACUGGGAUGAGUGUGUCGAUGAAGGCAUUUUGUGGGCAUUGUCAAAGCCUCAAGCAACAGGCACAUUUAACGUCAAAAUUCCGUGACGUAAUAAUGUACAUAUAGAUGUUCGAAUCUGAAGUCGUAACACAGGGUUCAAGUAGCUUGAGGUCUGGUACACGUUUUGACGUACAUGCACCGUUGUAGCUAUUGCAGAGAGCCUCCUU